AUGAAUAGUACUAAUACCUAUAAAGUGGACUUUGAAAUACGACCAAGCCUUACUGAUGGAAAUUAUUUAUUAGUAUCCCACGAGUCAAAUAAGGGAGAUUUUAAGUUUUCACUCAGUAUUGAAAAUGGAUACGUAGUAUACAGAUCUCUGCGAAUUUCGAAAACAAAUUAUGAACCCUAUCGUAAAGAGGAAAUCCAGGAAGUCAUUCCAUGGUCGGAUGUUAUACAUUAUGAAAAAUAUCUGAAAAAUGUCAAUGAUAUGGAGUUCAGUUAUGUCUCGUUUGGUGGACAUCCUGAAUUAACUAAAACAGGAGGUCCAAUUCAUUUUCUUGGUUAUAUUUUUGAGCAAAGUUAUAGUGGCUGCAUACAAAAUAUACGGAUUAAUGAAGUUCCUAUAGAUCCUAGACGUAAGGCUUUCUUAGGAGAUGCUGUGGAUGGGUAUGGGAUUACUAAUUGUGGUUUUGGUUUAUGUGAAAAGAAAAAAUGCAAAAAUAAUGCCUCGUGUUUGCAAACAUCUGGUUCCAGUGUUAUUUGUCAAUGCCCUUUGGGAACUUCGGGUCGACAGUGUGAACAAAGAGUUGAGCUAAUAAUGCCGUUCUACAACGGAUAUUCGUACACCGAGUAUAUCGGAUUGAGUGGAACAUCAUCAUCAUUCACCACCUUGGAACUUCAGUUUAGACCAUCACAACCAAACGGGCUGAUUUUAUAUGAAGGUUAUAGUCAUGAUAGGCGUGGGGACUUCUUGGCUAUUAUGUUAAUUCAUGGAUAUGUUGUAGUGGCGUUUGACUUAGGUUCCGGUUCAGCGUUUUUAAAGAAUGAGAAAGAAAUAAAAUUAAAUGAAUGGCACAUAGUCCAUUUUUGGAGAAUUGGUCGUGAUGGUUAUCUCCAAGUCGACUCAGAUGAGCAUAUUAUGACAAAUUACUCAUUCGGUUUACAAGUUCAGCUAACGUUAACUUACUCUUUGUAUCUUGGUGGACAUCCAAAUACUAAUUUUAUAUCAACCCAUAUAAAACCAUUUAUUGGAUAUGCAACAAAUUUGAGUAUUGGAUUUCAAGGAUGCAUCAGUAAAAUUGAAACAAACGGAGUACUUAUUGAUCCUAUUAGGGAUGCGAUAGGUGGCGUGAACAUUUUAAAUUGUCCUGGACAAGAAUGUGGAUUUCCAAACCCUGUAUGUUUAAACAACGGGAAAUGUUUACAGGACUUAAAAGGUUUUACAUGUUUAUGUCCGCUUGGAUUUCAGGGGAAGAAUUGUAAAGAAAAAAUUAAUUGGCAAGGGAAGCAAUUAGCUGCAUUUGGAGAAAACAGUUUCGUGAAAUUCACAACGAACUCAUUAAAUUAUAGACCCAAUAGUCGUCACUAUCAUAUAUCGCUUGAAUUUCGGCUAUCCAACAAAAGUUUGGGAAAUGGCAUUACUUCUAUGAAAAAUUAUCCGUCAACAAGUAACGCAUCAGUUAAGUUGUUCAAACAAUAUUUGGUCUAUGGUGUAUUUCAAGGUGUACACAAAAUACAAAAUAUAUUAAUUCAGCUUCUUUCCAGCAGAAGACUAAAAUUAGGUCUAGAGUAUGUAGACACUGAAAAAUAUAUAGUCACCUUAUCUAACGUGACUAAUCAAUCCUCGAACAAUGAUGAAUUAUGGAAAAUUGGCCGUAACCAAUUUAGCCAACGUAUGUUGAUACAAAUGUAUGACAUUUCGGAGAAGUUAGAGUUGAGACACGAUUGGCACAAACUCAUACUUACAAAAAGUUCAAAGGCCAUUACACUAUUUAUCAACCAAUCACAAGUUGCUCAAAUCUAUUUUAAAGAAAACGAAGUGCAACCGGUUCAAUUGUUCUUUGGAGGAAUCCCUGAAACUCUACAUGCACAAAGACGAUACCUGGAACUGAUGAGUAAUGGAUAUUCAUCUUCACAUAAAGAGAAUGUUUUUAUCAAAUCCAAAAAUUUCAAUGGUUGUAUAAAGAAGUUAGAAAUUAAUGGACAUCCUACUUCAUUUGGUCAUGUUGCUGACGGGCAAGAUAUUACUCAGUGCACAUGA